AUUUCUUUCUCUCUUCCUCUUCGUCUGGCCAAGUUUGGUGACCUGAACCCCCCGCCCGUCCUGCUGUUUACGCACUCUACGACGCACACCAUUCGCAACGCCUCAGCGCUUAAAAACGGGUCGACUGAAACACGAAAUCUCAACUUGAAUACGCAACAACGACCACUUCCCGCAUUGGGUAAAUCUUUCCUCGCCAGACUUCGUUGCCUGAGCAUACGCAUACGCCAUAAGCCGCUGCUGUUCGUCCAGAGCCAAGACUUCAAACCGCUGGAAAAUCAUUACAUACUGCUUUGAGAGGUACGGUGCUCGGAAUGAGCGCAGAGUGAGGCAAGUGUUGACGUUCUUUAUCUCGCGUCGUUCGCUUCAACGUACUCUCCGAUUCCCAACUCCCUCCCACCGCCUACUCCUCCAGAUCGAACUUCUUCUCGCUGGCUGCUGCCCAGAGUCGACGAUCUCCUUGCUGCGCUCCAAAGAGGGCGUACAGGUAUCAUCCAACUGCGACCCCGGCCCGUCUCUGGCGCUCGUUGCGUCGCGUAUCCCCCAGCCCCCAGCCCACUGCCGGGAGCCGGGCUGCCCCGAAGAGCAGGCGCGAGCUGGAAUCAACGAGAGAGUGGAGGACCCGCGAGAGUACGACUUGUGGAUAAGCAACAUCAUUCGCGUCAGUUUACGUGACUGUUUGUACCGCGGUGUCAACAGCGUGGAGGCCAAUCGCAGCGCACGGGGAAAGGAGGCGCAGGAGGAUAGGUGGUAGGUGGCCCACGGGGACAGAUCGGCAGGUGGCAGGUGGCAGGUGGACGCCGUGUGUGUGUGUGGAGGACCGUGCAGUGGCUGACUGGCUCAGUGCUUGCCAAACACGGGCUGGCUGAUCGACAGCGUUCCUUGGCGAAUUCUCCGCGGAUCGUCACCCCCCGUAACUGGCUCUCGGACGGCGACACCAUCAAUCACGGGCACACCCCUCGACCCUCUUCCCAGCCCUCCACUUUCCUCCUUUCUCCUCCAUCUCCAUAGUCUUCUGCCUGCCAUAAAGGAGACGCUCGCCAGGGCCCCAGAGUAGCAAGGACCCCUUUGCCCUGCCAUACAAUCCCCUCUAUUUCCGUCAGAUCUCGCCCCCAGCGACACGUUGUAUACACGAGUCGGUCCGGUCGCUGCUCUUCGCCACGCACAGUCAACACCCUUGCCUAUCUUCUAGCCGCGUACCCUGUUCCCGCCGUGCCAGCCCCCGUGGACACUGUGAGCCACACACUGCCCGUCGUCGAGAGUUCGGCUUACCAGUCGUGCUGACAGCCGACAGCGUGUUCUAGUUCCGACCCGAACCCUGAUACACACUCUGCACCAUCAGCGAGGCGUGGUCUUUCGUUCUGCCAGUGCCCUGCGCCCGCUACGCACCCCAAUCGUCAGACACGGCCUCACAGAGAACAACAGGCACACGACUCCUCCUUGAACCUGCAGCGCUUGAGUUUUUUCUGUUCCAGCCCUCUGUCUCUUGUAUACACGAGUUUCGCAUCUGGCGAGAGGACGUAUCGGCGUCAAGCACCCCUCUCACGCUUUCCGGCCAGCUCUGGCGUGUCUGAUGACAUUCUGCCGAGCGCAUGGACAGUUAAAGUCGGCCAUCUCUUGACUCUGCCUUUUGUUUCUCUUUGAAACCUACUCAUCUUCUACUCGCCACUUCUGGCACGACACUGCGCCUUUUCGACUCUGCUUAAGCAGAACAUGGCUGCAUCAAUAUCGCUACCAAGAAUGCCAUUCUCAAAUUCAGACCCCUAUCAUGCCCGUGGCUAUCCUCCACGUAUGCAUUCGCCGUCUUCAUCCUCUAUGGGCCGAGCCUCUUCCCCUCACUCUUCUUCUCAUCGCCCACAUCCGUAUCGCCGAUCUCCCAAUCCGCACUCUACCACUGCGACCCCCCAACCAGAACAACAACACCUGCGUAUGACGCUUCCCCCGCUUCCCCCGCCAAACCUCCUCGGCGGCGGCGCGUUCAAGUUCUCCUCCACCUACGACGUCCCCUCUCCACGCGAGCGGGACUAUCCUCCCCUCACGCACGACCAAUCCUGGCGGUCGCCAGUGACGACGGCAGGACGUCCCGCAUCGAGUGGGAGUGUAGGUGAUCGUUCGCGCACACCUAGUCAGCGACUAGCAGGUGAAGGGCGGGCUCCACUACAUUUACCGCCACUGCAUUCGAUAUCGGGUGGUACGAGUCGUUCAGGGGAAACAUCACCGAACUCUGCGGCGCCUACAAUGUAUCUUCCCCCGCGGGAAGCUGCAUCAUCAUCAUCCACCCGCAUCAGCCCCCGAUCGCGCCCACAGCCGCCGCCACCUUCUUAUGGCGAUUACGAACCGGCAUAUCCUCCCCGCCCACAGCAUGCGCACGCGCACGAACUACAUCAUCGGCAUGACCCCGGGUCGAUCUAUCGCGCCGAAGAACGGUAUCGCGAUGAAAUGUAUGAGCGCGGUAACCCGCCUGCUUUCCCUCAACAUCCUCACGCGAGUCGAACGCACAUGUAUGACCCCCCGUCGCCUCUCCGCCAAGUCCACCACGCGCUACCGGGGAUGACACAAGUGCAGUUCCCACUCCCGGGAUAUUAUGGCGGACCGCCGCCAGAUGCGGCUAUGAGCAUGAGCAUGGGGAGACAGAGAAGUCAUUCAUCCGCACCGGGCUUCUCGAGGCCGACGACAGGGGAUGAAGAAGGGGGCAGGGAGAAUGCAGCAGGACAGAGCAGGCGUGUGGCGCAUCUCAUGUCUGAACAAAAACGGAGAGAAUCGAUCAACUCUGGUUUCCAGGCGCUGCGGACGACAGUGCCGACGACGAGCGCUACAGAUUCCAAAGCUAUCAUCCUUAAAAAAGCUGUAGCCCACAUCAACCACCUGGAAGGGCUGCUCAAGCGACACAAUAUCGAAUUUACGCCCGGCGAGGCGUGUGAGGAUGCUGAGGGCAAAAAAGAUCAGUGA